CUUCUUUUUUCUAUAUGAAAAGCAUGUAUCUGUUUUUACUUUGUAGAAAUGAAUCAAGCAACAUUAUGUCCACCCACCCCUCCAAAAAAGGUGCAUUUAUUCAGUUAAAUUUAUCUUCUAAAAGGUAAGUAAGUUCGUAAAAGGAAGACUAAAAUAAUAUUCACUACUUGCCGUUAAAGCUGCCCCCAUCCCCUCCUCCCCCCCUCCCCCUCCUCGCUUUCCCUCCUCUUGUAACUAAGUUAAACCUUACAACUACUCCUUCGUGUGAAAUUUUCUUGGACCAAUUUUUACUUUUACACCAUCUAUGAAUGAGGAAAACUAUGUCGCUGGGGAGCUGGGCCUUGUCUUCAGCAAUGCGACCCCGUUGACUUACCCCACUGUUGCCCAGUACCUCCGUAAGCGGCUGGAGGACAUGGACGAGGAUGACAAGGCCAAGGGCCUCAUUGAUAGUUGUUACCAACAAGUUAACAUGCUGCAGGAGUCCUGCACGAACGAGUAUGUCGUAAGCGAACUGCAUCGACUACGACUUCGCACCUGCAGCGAUGAGGGCGAGGUCGUCAGCAACACAAACAUUCCAAUGUCUUUUGAUGAUUAUAAUAUUCACCAUAUAGGUGCGGAUGCAAGCGGAACGUCAAAGGUCCGCUUAAAAGAAUUUGAAGUCGUCGCGCUUGGAACGUUAGUACCUAAAAAUGUCGAGGAGGCUCUGGUACUCAUCCCGUCGCUCUCCCGGUAUGAGGUAGAGGAUCUGCGGGAGGCCAUUGCACUACUGGAACAGUAGCAAGACGUUCCUUUUCGCAGGAAAUGAGGCUUAUUUAUGAAAGAUUGAGUGCUUAUCUAGGUACAGACGGCAGUGGUUGAAAAAAAAGAAGUAAAAA